AUGGAGGAGGAGCUGAAGUGCCCCGUGUGCGGCUCCCUGUUCCGGGAGCCCAUCAUCCUGCCCUGCUCCCACAACGUCUGCCUGCCCUGCGCCCGCACCAUCGCGGUGCAGACGCCGGACGGGGAGCCGCACCUGCCGCCGCCGCUGCUGCACUCGCGGGGCUGCUCCGGGCUGCCGGCAGGGGGCGCUGCUGCUGCCACCGCCGCCGCCGCCUCGCCUUCCCCGGACCCUGAGGCUGCGCCCGGCCCGGCCGGCGGCGGCGGCGGAGGCGGAGGAGGAGGAGGCGGAGGGGGCACCGGAGGCGCAGCCAGCGGCUCGGGCGGCCCCAGCGGGGACCACGCGGACAAGCUGAGCCUGCACAGCGAGACGGACAGCGGCUACGGCUCCUACACCCCGAGCCUCAAGUCGCCCAACGGGGUGCGGGUGCUGCCCCUGGUGCCCGCGCCGCCGGGCUCCUCCUCCGCCGCUGCCGCCGCCGCCGCCGCCGCGCGGGGCGCCGCCGGCUCCUCCUCCUCCUGCUCCUCCUCCUCCUCCUCCUCCCCGCUGGCCUGCUCGGCCUCCAGCGCCAUCACCUGCCCGCAGUGCCACCGCAGCGCCUCCCUGGACCAGCGCGGCCUGCGCGGCUUCCGGCGCAACCGGCUGCUGGAGGCCAUCGUGCAGCGGCACCUGCAGGCGCGCGGGGCGCAGGCGGCGGCGGCGGCGGCGGCGGCGGGGGGCUCCCCGGGCCCGGCCACCUGCCAGCUGUGCGACCGCACCCCGCCCGCGCCCGCCGCCGCGCUCUGCGAGCAGUGCGACGUGCUCUACUGCGCCCCCUGCCAGCAAAAGUGCCACCCGGCGCGCGGGCCCUUCGCCAAGCACCGCCUGGUGCAGCCGCCGCCGCCGCCCGCCGAGCCCGCCGCCGCGGCGCCUCCGGCCCCGGCCCCGGCCCCGGCCCAGGGCGCCCCCGGCGGCGGCUGCAGGAGCCCCGGCGGCGCGGCGCGCAAGUCCCCCACGUGCCCGGAGCACGAGCUGGAGCACUACAGCAUGUACUGCGCGGGCUGCCGCGCGCCCGUGUGCUACCUGUGCCUGGAGGACGGCCGCCACGCGCAGCACGAGGUGAAGCCGCUGGGCGCCGUGUGGAAGCAGCACAAGGCCCAGCUGUCCCAGGCCUUGAACGGCGUUUCGGACAAGGCCAAGGAGGCCAAGGAGUUCCUGGUGCAGCUGAAGAACAUCCUGCAGCAGAUCCAGGAGAACGGACUGGACUACGAGGCCUGCCUGGUCGCUCAGUGCGACGCGCUGGUCGACGCGCUGACCCGGCAGAAAGCCAAGCUACUCACCAAGGUCACGAAGGAGCGGGAGCACAAGCUGAAGAUGGUCUGGGACCAGAUCAACCACUGCACGCUGAAGCUGCGCCAGUCCACGGGGCUGAUGGAGUAUUGCCUGGAGGUGAUCAAGGAGAAUGACCCCGCGGGGUUCCUCCAGAUCUCGGACGCCCUGAUCAAGCGGGUGCAGGUGUCCCAGGAGCAGUGGGUCAAGGGCGCCCUGGAGCCCAAGGUGUCGGCCGAGUUCGACCUGACCUUGGACAGCGAGCCGCUGCUGCAGGCCAUCCACCAGCUGGACUUCAUCCAGAUGAAAUGUAGGGUGCCGCCGGGCCCCCUGCUGCAGCUGGAGACGUGCUGCACCCGCAACAACAGCGUCACGCUGGCCUGGCGGCUGCCGCCCUUCACCCACAGCCCCGUGGACGGCUACAUCCUGGAGCUGGACGACGGCGACGGGGGGCAGUUCCGGGAGGUGUAUGUGGGCAAGGAGACGCUGUGCACCAUCGAUGGCCUCCACUUCAACAGCACCUACAACGCCAGGGUCAAGGCCUUCAACGCGUCCGGCGUCGGGCCUUACAGCAAGACCGUGGUCCUGGAGACCUCCGACGUGGCCUGGUUCACCUUCGACCCCAACUCCGGGCACCGGGACAUCAUCCUGUCCAACGACAACCAGACGGCCACCUGCAGCAGCUACGAUGACCGGGUGGUGCUGGGCACGGCCGCCUUCUCCAAGGGCGUGCACUACUGGGAGCUGCACGUGGAUCGCUACGACAACCACCCCGACCCCGCCUUCGGGGUGGCCCGGGCCAGCGUGGUCAAGGACAUGAUGCUGGGCAAGGACGACAAGGCCUGGGCCAUGUACGUGGACAACAACCGCAGCUGGUUCAUGCACUGCAACUCCCACACCAACAGGACGGAAGGCGGCGUGUGCAAGGGGGCCACGGUGGGCGUGCUGCUGGACCUGACCCAGCACACCCUCACCUUCUUCAUCAACGGCCAGCAGCAGGGCCCCACGGCCUUCAGCCACGUGGACGGGGUCUUCAUGCCGGCCCUGAGCCUCAACCGCAACGUGCAGGUCACCCUGCACACGGGACUGGACGUGCCCACUAACCUGGGGCGGCCCAAGCUGGCAGGCAACUAG